AUGGUUAUCGCAAUUCCCUCCGCAAGCUUGGAAGGCAAAGUUGCCCUAGUCACGGGUGCCGGCCGCGGUAUUGGAAAGGGAAUCGCCCUCGAGCUCGCCCGCCGCGGCGCUUCGGUCGUCGUCAACUAUGUCUCCUCAGCUGGCCCGGCUCAGGAAGUGGUCGAUGAGAUCGUGAAACUCAACAACGGCGCCCGCGCCAUCGCCAUCCAGGCCGACGUGUCCGUGGUCUCCGAGAUCGACCGGCUCUUCGCCCAGGCCAAGAAAACCUACGGCCGCAUCGACAUCGUCAUGUCCAACAGCGGCACCGAGUCCUGGGACAGGACCGAGGAGGUCACCGAAGCGAAGUUCGACCAGGUCUUCAACCUCAACGCCCGCGCGCAGUUCUUCGUCGGCCAGGCCGCCUUCAAGCACCUCGAGCCCAACGGCCGGCUGAUCCUCAUGACGAGCAUCGCCGCCGGCCUGCUGGGCGUCAAGAACCACGCCCUGUACAACGCCAGCAAGAUGGCCGUCAUCGGCAUGGUCAAGGCCUUUGCCACCGACUUUGGCGUCAGGGGGAUCACCGUCAACGGCGUCGCGCCCGGCGGCAUCAAGAGCGAUAUGUUUACACAGAACGCCUGGCAUUACAUUCCUGGUGCCACGCCCGACACUCCCGCCAGCGAUAUCGAGAGGAUGAUGGCGGAUCACUGCCCGCUGGGCCGAUGUGCUGUGCCUGAGGAUGUUGCACGCGUGGUGGCUUUUCUGGCGAGCGAGGACGGUGGCUGGGUCAACGGUCAGAUUCUUACCAUCUCGGGGGGCUCGUCCCAGUAA